AUGACAGUGUUCAGGAAUUUAAAACUUCUUCUCUGGAAGAAUUUCAUCAUAAAGAAGCGGAAGGCUCUGAUAGCAAUCCUUGAAAUCUUGAUGCCAUUACUAUUUUCUACAAUCAUAAUGUAUCUUCGUUUCAAGAGUGUACCAACAAGUAUGCCUCCUUCCCACUAUAAAGUAAUUGACAUCAGUAUACUGCCAUUCUUCUAUUCUGUUCCUCUGAAAAAUAGAUUUCAACUCAUUUACAUCCCCUCCAAAAGUGAAACUUCGAAGGCUAUCACCGAAAUGGUAAAAGACACCUUUGACGCUGAUUUUGAAGUUCUAGGCUAUCCUUCAGUGCCUUCUUUUGAAAAUUACAUAAUUCAGAAUCCCAAAGCUUUGCAUGUAUUGGCUGGAAUUGUUUUUGAUCAUAAAUUCAAUGACAGCAAGGAAUCCUUGCCACUUGAGGUUAAGUAUCACUUGCGCUUCAGUCACUUUCAGAAUUAUUUAUACCCAAGGCUAAUAUUUUAUGACGAGGACUUAGCCGGCUGGAGCACAGACCGUCUUUAUCCUCCUAAUCCAAGCCAAGAACCCCGGGAAUCUCAAUAUGAUGAUGGGGGAUACCCUGGAUACAGUGAUGAAGGCUUCCUGGCCAUACAGCAUGCAAUGGAUAAAGCCAUCAUGCAGCACCAUGCUCUCAGUGAGACGAUCAAAAUGUUUGAGAAUCUCAAAGUGUUUCUGAAGAGAUUCCCACAUGGAGCCUAUGUCCAUGACAACUUCUUCUUGAUCCUUCAGAAUGAGAUGCCUAUUCUCCUCAUGCUCAGCUUCAUCUGCAUCAUGCUUAUGGUUAUCAAUUCCAUUACACUGGAGAAAGAGAGAAAAUUGAAGGAGUAUAUGUGUAUGAUGGGACUGCACAACUGGCAACACUGGGUUGCUUGGUUCAUUAUAUUCUUCAUUUCUGCCUUCAUUGUUGUUUCUUUCAUGACCAUUCUCUUCUGUACAAAGGUAAACAAAAAAGCAGUGUUCAUGAACAGUGACCCUAGUUUGAUAUUUGUUUUUCUAAUGUGUUUUGCCAUUGCCACAAUUUUCUUUGCAUUCAUGAUCAGCACAUUCUUCCAGAGAGCCCAUAUUGCAACUGCCUUAGGAGGCAUCAUCUUCUUCUUCACUUACGUCCCGUAUGUGUACCUCACUUUCAGCUACAACCAGAGGAGCCACUUCCAAAAGAUUAUCUUUUGUCUCCUCUCAAAUGUUGCCAUGGCACUGGGAGUCCGAUUAAUCUCCACAUAUGAGUCAAAAGGCACAGGCAUCCAGUGGAGGAACGUUGGCAGUGUAAGUGGAGAGUUUAAUUUCACUCAGGUGCUGUUGAUGCUACUACUGGACUCUUUCUUGUACAGCUUGGUGGCCUGGUACACGGAGUCUGUCUUCCCAGGGGUGUAUGGUAUAGCCAAGCCUUGGUACUUCAUUAUCAUGCCCUCCUACUGGCAUGAAGUACCUUUAUCUCUUACGCAUUCAGUCUUGGGCAUAGAAAAUACUGAGGAAGCUAUAAGAAGCAAGUUCAUUCAGGAAGAGCCUACUGGUUUGACGAAGGGAAUUGAACUCCAACAUCUAUACAAGGUGUUCUAUAAGGGAAAGAAUAAAUACAUGGCAGUCAAAAAUCUGACCAUGAAUCUGUACCAGGGGCAGAUCACUGUUCUCCUGGGUCACAACGGAGCAGGCAAAACUACCCUCUGCUACAUGCUAACAGGUCUUAUUCCCUCUUCACAUGGACAGGCCUAUAUCAAUGGGUUUGAAAUUUCACAAGACAUGUUUCAAAUUCGGAAGAACCUGGGCUGGUGUCCCCAACAUGAUAUCUUGUUUGAUAAUUUGACAGUAGCAGAACAUCUUUAUUUCUAUGCUCAGCUGAAAGGCUUGUCCUGCCAGAAGUGCUCUGAAGAAGUCAAACAGAUGCUGCACAUCCUCAAUCUGGAGGACAAGCGGGACUCCCGGUGCAAGUUCCUGAGCGGGGGGAUGAAGCGCAAGCUGUCCAUCGGCAUCGCCCUCAUAGCGGGCUCCAAGGUGCUGAUGCUGGAUGAACCCACUUCAGGUGUGGAUGCCGUCUCCAGAAGGGCCAUCUGGGACCUUCUUCAACAGCAGAAAAGUGGCCGCACUAUCCUGCUGACCACCCAUUUUAUGGAUGAGGCUGACCUGCUUGGGGACCGCAUUGCCAUCAUGGCCAAGGGGGAGCUGCAGUGCUGCGGGUCUCCACUGUUCCUCAAACAGAAAUAUGGUGCUGGAUACUAUAUGACUUUAGUGAAAAAACCUGAUUGUAAAACAGACGCGAUUUUGCACCUGAUUUAUCAUCACAUACCAAAUGCAAUUUUCCAGUCCAACACUGGAGGAGAAUUAACAUUUAUACUUCCUAAAGAGAAUGUGCACAGAUUUGAAUUGCUAUUUACUGACUUGGAACUGAUGCAGGAAGAGCUGGGCAUCUCCAGCUUUGGAGCCUCUGUUGCCACUAUGGAAGACAUCUUCCUUCGGGUUUGUAAAUUGGCAGAUUCCAGUACAGAUAUCCAAGCCAUCAAGAUUCCCUCUGUCCAUUCUCAAUCCCUGGUUAGCAAAGUUCCUGUUAACAGAUUUAAAAAUCUUCAUUCAAGUCUCUUCUCAGUAAAGUCCGACCUGCCAAUCUGCCUGAACACUGGGCUCCAUCUUCUAUGCCAACAGUUCUGUGCCAUGCUCCUGAAAAGGAUUACAUAUGCUCGGCGACACUGGAUAAUGAUGCUGUCCAUACAGAUCCUGGUGCCUCUGGCGAUCAUUAUAGUCAGCCUCAAAGCCAUCAACUUCAAAGCAAGCCUGACAAAUGUCCCAUUGGAGCUGGCACUAAAAAUACACGGACAAACUAUUGUUCCAUUCUUUAUUUCUCCGAAUUCCAGGCUGGGUCCUCAGCUUUCAAAAAAUUUUACAAAUAUGCUUGUGGCUGAGAAACAGAUUCCUCUGGAGAUCUCGAGUUCAGUGGAGGCAUUCCUACUGAAAAAGGCAGAAGAGGAGCCUGAGAACUUUGAUCAGAACUACGUAGUGGCAGCUUCCUUUGAAGAUAUGAAUAACCAAACCAUAGUGACAGCGCUGUUCAACAACCAGGCAUACCAUUCCCCUGCUCUGGCACUGGCACUGGUGGACAAUGUUCUCUUCAAGCUGCUCUCUGGUGCCAGGGCUUCAGUUACGGUAGUCAACUACCCUCAACCUCUGUCAACCAAGGAGAACUCCGAGAAUAUUCUAUUUGAGGGCAGUAAAAGACAUUUUUUCAUUGUCAACUUGCUAUUUGGUUUGGCUUUCCUGUCGAGCUCUUUUUCCAUCUUUACAGUCAAAGAGAGAUCCAGCCAGGCCAAGCACAUCCAGUUCAUCAGUGGAGUACACAAGGCCACUUUCUGGCUCUCCGCUCUGCUGUGGGACCUCAUCUCCUUCCUCGUCCCCACUCUGCUGGUGCUGGUGGUGUUUUUGUACUACAAGGAAGAAGCCUUUACACGCCAGGAAAACUUCCCAGCUGUUGUCUUAACAUUCAUGCUCUAUGGCUGGGCUAUCAUCCCCCUUAUCUACCUGAUCAGCUUCUGCUUUGACAACGCAAGUAGCGCUUGUGUUAAGCUCAUCAUAAUGCUCACCUUCUUGAGCAUUGGACCCUUUAUUGUCGUCUCAGUCACAAGUGAAAAAGAUCUAGGCUACACAAGCAUCUCAGAGUCCUUGGAUAACACAUUUCUACUGUUUCCAGGCUACUGCCUGGCGAUGGCCUUCGCCAACUUAUAUUUUAACUUUGAACUACAAAAGUUUUGCAGUGUCAAGAACCUGAACGAGAUUGAGUGCAAUCAAGUUGUACAGGGGUAUCAGCUCCAAAGGAACAUCUAUGCCUGGAAGUCUCUAGGGAUGGGGAAGUAUCUGACAGCACUUGCCAUCUCAGGACUGGUGUACAUCGAACUGCUUUUCUUCAUUGAAACCAAUGCCUUGUGGCAACUGAAAGCCAGUUUUUCGGACUUCUGGAGGAAGCGAAAAUUGCAGGUGGUGUCACAAAGCAUGGUGUCAGUUCCUGGAGACCAAGAUGUGGAAGAGGAGGCAAGAAGGAUCAAGACUAAUCUGAAAAAAUUGUGUGAGAAAAACCCACUGGUUCUUAAAGAAGUGUCAAAGGUCUAUGCCAAGAAGGUACCCCCACUGGCUGUGAACAAGAUCUCCUUCACUGUCCAGGAAGAGGACUGCUUUGGCCUUCUUGGCCUCAAUGGAGCUGGGAAAAGUUCCAUUUUUAAAUUACUGACUGGGAAAGAGCCUCUCACCUCCGGGGACGUCUUUGUCAAGGGCCUCAGCAUCAGCUCUUUCUUGGAGAAGGUGCAGAAGUGGAUUGGCUACUGCCCCCAGUGUGAUGCCCUGCUGGAUCACAUGACAGGCCGGGAGACGCUGGUAAUGUAUGCCCGGCUCCGGGGUAUCCCUGAGCACCACAUCAGUGCCUGUGUGGACCAAAUUAUUGAUGACUUACUCAUGAACACAAACUCAAACCAGCUGGUGAGGACCUACAGCGGUGGCAACAAGCGGAAGCUGAGCACUGGCAUUGCCCUGCUUGGAGAGCCUGCAGUCAUCCUCCUGGAUGAGCCAACCACUGGCAUGGACCCCGUGGCCCGGCGCCUGCUCUGGAGCACACUGGAGAAGGUCCGAAAGUCUGGCAAGGCCAUCAUCAUCACCUCCCAUAGCAUGGAAGACUGUGAGGCCUUGUGUACUCGUCUGGCCAUCAUGGUGCAGGGUCAGCUCAAGUGCCUGGGCAGCCCGCAGCACCUCAAGAGCAAGUUUGGCAGCGGCUACUCUUUGCGGGCCAAGGUCAGGAGCGUCAGACAGCAGGAGGCACUUCAGGAGUUCAAGGCCUUUGUGGACCUGACCUUCCCAGGCAGUAUUCUGGAAGAUGAGCACCAAGGGAUGGUUCAUUACCACCUGCCUGGCGAUGGCCUCAGCUGGGCAAACGUAUUUGGCACUCUGGAGCAAGCCAAGGAGAAGUACAUGCUGGAUGACUACACAGUCAGCCAGGUCUCCCUGGAGGACAUCUUCCUGAGCUUCACCUGUCCUGGGCUCCCCACCCAAGGGGAAAACAAACAAGGGCAAGCAGAGCCAGCAGGCCCCUCAUCGCCACCACCUCUCUCCCAACCUCCCUCCAAGCCUCCCUCUCCACUUCCCUCCAAGCCUCCCUCUGAGCCUCCUUCUCCACUUCCCUCCAAGCCUCCCUCUCCACUUCCCUCCCAGCCUUCCUCUCCACUUCCCUCCCAGCCCUCCUCUCCACUUCCCUCCCAGCCUUCCUCUCCACUUCCCUCCCAGCCUUCCUCUCCACUUCCCUCC